AUGGCUAAGGAUGAGAACGAUAUGGCGGAGCCGUCGUCAAGUGACGCUAUAAUCGCUUCGCUCAUUAAUGAUGUUCGCAGAACAAAUGAGCCUUUUGACGUGAAAAAUUUAAUCAGUGGCAAAUCUGAAGCUGGAAAUAAAAUGGAAGGAGAAAGUGAUGUCAGUUUUUCGUCAUCCUGCAUGGAAAGCAAAAAAUGUAGGCGUCAUAAAGAGAAGAAGAUCAGGAAAAACAAGAAGACAAAGCACAAAUCAAGGCCUAAGUCUAGAUCACCAUCAGCAAAAAAGAAAAAAUACAAAAGUCGUAGUAAUUCUAGUUUGGAAGAAGAAGAUUUCGAUCGCAGUAUGAAAAUUGUAAAUUAUGCUAUACCACCAUCUGUUGAAGCCAUUAUGGAAAAGAUCUCAGAUGAUGAAGAUGAUCUUCCUGUUGGCGCUGAUUUUCUCAGUGUCAAUGCAAGCAGUUCAAAAAUAAACGAGAAAGUUGAAGAAUUGCUUCAGGAUGUUCCUAUUGCUGUGAGAAAUAAAACAAAAGAAUUUAAGGUUAAUGAAGAAGUAUUUCCUUUGGCUAAAAAAAGAAAGAAAUCUGAAAGUCCACCUGUGGUAAGAAAGCCUCGUCCAUUGUCGGAAAUAUUAGCUAAAGUACGAGCUGAAAGGGAUAAUGCUUUCAUCCCUCGUAAUAUCAAAUUGAAACAAGAAAAUGGACGAAGUGGUACUGGACCGCCUGCCGAUUUGCUUAGUCAUUCAUGUUCAAAAGGUAGUGGCAGUAAACCUAAUGACGUGGAAUAUGGCCCAAAACCGCUGGGAGCUCUUCAGCCCAUUUCCGAUGAUGAUAAUGAUGAUUUAUUAGUCUCAUCUCGGAAAGUACAGGAGCCAGUAAUUUCGCAGUCUGUCAGAACUACGAACACCACUAAGAUAUUAAUGAAUAAUGCAGAAAAAGGUCGGACAGCAAUACGUGAAGAACUUCCACAUAGUCGUGUCAAUAUAUGUUCUUCAAAUGGUGGUAGCACGGAAGAAACGAUCAGCGAUAGACAUUCAGCAUCAGAGCAGGAAUUAAGUGGAAAAGAGAGCGAACGAGGGAUAUGUGGAAAAAAAAGGAGGGAAAGGAAAUACAAGAAACGUGACACACGAUAUUCAAGACGCUCCAAUUCUUCAACAUCCGACAGUGAAAAAGAAUGGAAUCAUUUGCUUAAAAAUUUAAUAAUUUCUAGGAACAAAAUCAUGGAGCAUUCACAAGCUUCACGACGAGAGUUUGAUAGGAAUCGUCGACGGCAGAGUAGUUUUUUAUUGUCAUAUUACGUGGAUAGUAAUAAAAAAGUUCAUGAAGGAUCAAAAUGGCGUUGGAGUCGUGGAGACAAAGAUUCUAAUGCAGUACCCACAAUUCUACGAUCAAAAAAUUGGCGCCAAUACUCCACGAAAAGCCCUUAUACAGAACGUAAACGGAGGAGGUCGUCAUCAAGCUCAUAUUCUCGAACACAUUCACGUACAAGAUCGUCAUCAGAAAUUUCUUCGAGAAGCUCGCAUUCAUCUUACUAUCGUGGGUCUCAUCAUCGUCACGGUCAGCACUAUCAUCGUCGGGAUCGAAGAAGUAGCAGUAGACGACGAUGUGAUGAUGAUUCAAACUGCCUUAAAAUUGACAAGAAAAAAUUGUUAGAAAUUGCUCGAAAAAAUGCCGCACAAAUGGCACAACUUGGUCAUUUACCAAACACCACUGAGGCUAAAACCCAGCUAAAAUCUGGGGGACAGUCUGUCGAUCAGCUUGUCGUUUUUUGCCAAAAAUUGCAACAAUCGCAAGAUAAAGAUGAACGGCGGCAAAAGGGUGAAGUUGUAUCAAGUGACGAUGAAGAUCUGGCACCAAGAAGAAAAAAAAAUGAAGAUGAGAUCGAUUUUGUAAAGCAUCCUUUUGCUUUAAAACCCACGGCUCCAAUCACAAUAAACAUUCCAAAUUCAAUCCCUCUUCCAAUUAAAACACCUGCCCAGAGGACAUUAGAAGAAAGUCAAUUACGCAUCACUUAUCCAGUUUCUUCGGGAUUGCAGCAUCGAGAAAAAGAUAGCGAAUGGGUACCCGUUAAAAAGGAAGAAAUACCGUCAGUAUGUAAUUCAUCGCAAAAAUCAAAGCUAUCAUCUGUUGCUCAACUCAGUGAAGACGAAAAAGUAUGCUAUAAUUUUAACUUGACAAAUUCGAAAAGUUUAAUUCUUAUAGAAAUUCAUUUAUAUUUAAUUGUAUAUCAUCGAACGAUUACUUCAGUCUUCAGUGAUUUUGGUACCAUUACUGCCGAUAUGUUCGUGCUGCCACCACCUCCCACUCCUCCAGUUCUAGCAUCAUUUACUCAACCUGCUUCUUAUUUGCUACAUUUACCACCUCCACCCCCUCCACCUGAUUUGGGUGCUGAAUAUGCUAACCCAUCAUCACAUAAUCAGUCACAGAACAUUACCGGCAACUUAAAUUAUGGUAAUGUUGUCACUGUGCCGGAGGAAGAGUCUGUAUUCAGGGAAUCAAAAUCCCUUCAUACGCCGUCAAAUGUUGGCAGGGUGAUGGCAGAUCGAGUAAGAGCAACUAAGAUGUUAGCGAAAGAUCCGAAUGACUAUCAAGCAAGACGUCUGUUGAAUGAAGCCGACCAACAGGCAAUCCUUUUAAUUAUACAGACUUUAAGAAAGAUAUGGGACUUGGCAGUGAAUAUAAUACAUUUCUCAUGUGAUUAUUUAUUCCACCUUCCAAACCUCUGUGUCCUAUUUCAUGAUCUAGAGAUUAAUGCGUGGGCUGAAAGUAAAAGAAGUUUACCUGGCAAAUUCACAGGGUCGACCGGUGUUGAAGUGUUAAAUGCUCAUCAGCUUGGCCCAAAUAACUCACGUUUCAGUCUUUGGGCAAAAAAGGAUUUUUUAAAGCAAGCAAAUGUUGUCAAUAGUGAUGUGGGUUUGAAGUUGAUGCAAAAAAUGGGUUGGACACCUGGUGAAGGUUUGGGAAAAGGGAAAGAUGGUCCUCUUGAACCUUUAAUGUUGGAUAUCAAAUCAGACAGAAAAGGUUUGGUUGCUACAGAAGAACUUCAAGGGUUAAAAAAGUCGCGCUCAAAUUUCUGCUGUAAUGUCACUGGUAAACAUCCAGUAUCGAUGCUCAUGGAAUAUUGUUCCAAAAAAAAAUGGCCGACACCAAAGUUUACUUGCUUGGAAACUGGGCCACCGAAUAAUCGUCGCUUUCUGUGGAAGGCAGUGGUCAAUGAUGUUGAAUAUCAACCCGCUAUUCCAUCAAGUAGCAAAAAAACUGGAAAAGCACAUGCUUGUCAAAUAGCCUUGCAGUCUUUAGGUUUGCUUGCACGUGAUUCUCCAUUGCCAGUUCUCUUGUAA